GUCCAAUUAUUUAUAAUUCUUUACAGUACUUGUUGUAUAAUCUUAAAUCAAUAAGUUUUGUUUGUUGUCCACUUUUAAUUUACACGAUAUAGUAUUGUUGAUCACCCCAUAGAAAUGACAACUGAAGUUCAAACUCCUGUUUCAUCAGGUACUCAUCCUGAAGUUAAGAUUAUUAGGAAGAAAUUAAAUGGUUAUGUAGGAUUUGCCAAUUUCCCAAAACAAUGGCAUAGAAAAUCUGUUAGAAGAGGUUUUGUAUUAAAUGUAAUGGCAGUUGGAGAAAGUGGAUUAGGUAAAACUACUUUAAUUAAUACUCUUUUUAAUAAAGAUAUCUUAACAAAAAAAGAUGAAGAAUUUGAAUCAAUUGAUGAAUCAUCUAAACCAAAUGAUGAAGAAAUUAAAGUAAAGAUUAAUUCAAUUGAACAAGAAAUAGAAGAAGAUGGAGUUAAAUUAAAACUUAAUGUAGUAACUACUCCAGGUUUUGGUGAAUCCCUUGAUAAUACUGAUUCUUGGAAACCAAUUGUUGAUGAAAUCAAUAGUAGAUUUGAUUCUUAUUUAGAAGCUGAAAGUAGAAUUAAUAGAUCUGUUAUUAAAGAUACUAGAAUUCAUGCUUUAUUAUAUUUUAUUGAACCAACUGGUCAUUCAUUAAAGUCUUUAGAUAUUGCUUUUAUGAAACAAGUUCAUGAAAAAGUUAAUUUAAUUCCAAUUAUUGCUAAAUCUGAUACUUUAACUGAUGAAGAAAUUCAAGGGUUUAAACAAAGAAUUUUAGCUGAUAUUCAAGAACAAGGUAUUAAAACUUUUACUCCAAUUGAUUAUCAAAGUUCUAAUAUUUCUAAUGAUGGAAUUACUGAAGAUGAAGAAAGUAUAUUAAAGACAAAAGAAAUUUUAAGUAAAGUUCCAUUUGCAGUUAUUGGAUCAACUAAAGAAAUUCAAAAUCCAGAAGGUAAAUUAGUAAGAGGUAGACAAUACCCUUGGGGUAUAAUUGAAGUUGAAAAUCAAAAUCAUAAUGAUUUUAGUUAUUUACGUCAAUUAUUAGUUAGACAAUUUUUGGAAGAAUUAAAAGAACAAACUUCAAAUAUUUUAUAUGAAAAUUACAGAACUGAAAAAUUAAAGAGAAUGGGAAUUGAACAAGAUAAUUCAGUAUUUAGAGAAUUUGAUCCAUUAGCAAGACAAGAAGAAGAAAAGGCAUUACAUGAAGCUAAAUUAGCUAAAAUGGAAGCUGAAAUGAAGGCUGUUUUCCAACAAAAAGUUUCUGAAAAGGAAAAGAAAUUACAAAGAUCUGAAGCUGAUUUAUUCUCAAGACAUAAAGAAAUGAAAGAUAAAUUAUCUAAACAAAUAAAAUUAUUAGAAGAAAAGAAAGUUCAAUUAGAAAAGCAAAAAACUUUACCACAAGAACCUCCAGCUGCUCCAGCACCUCAAAAGAGUCGUAAAGGUUUCUUACGUUAAGUAAAUUUAAUUAUUGUCUAAAGGGUAUUCAUUGAUGAUUAAUCUAAUUAAUUAUUUACAAUUAGUCUAAUCAAAUUAGUAUUUUUAUUGUUUUGUUAUGUUACUACUUAAUAUAUAUACUAGAAAGAAUUAUUU